AUGGAUAGAACAUGGAUGGUUGCGGAUAGGAGAUCUCGUCAAUAUAAAUUAGGGGUGACACAAUUCUGUAAAUUUGCCUUGGAAAAUGCUAGAGACCCUAACCAUAUUCCCUGUCCUUGUACAAAUUGUGGAAAUGUUGACUACUUUUUCGCUGCUGUAAUAAGGGACCAUCUAUUUGUGAAUGGAAUUGAUGCUAGUUAUGAUAGAUGGAAUGAGCAUGGGGAGGCCUUAUUAGACUUAGGAAUAGAGGAAUAUACUGAUGACGCAGAAGCAGGUUCAGAUUCACACAGUUCUUACUCUGUGAAUGGCAAUGAGAUACCUGAAUAUGAAGCAGGGUUGGGUAGUGACGCAGAGAUGGAAAGUGAUGAGUGUAAUGAGUUUAGACAGUUUGUCGAUGACGCCAAUAAACCGUUAUAUCCCGGUUGUGAUAGUCACACAAGGUUGAAUGUUCUAGUAAGACUUUAUAACUUAAAAGCAAAGCACGGUAUGAGUGAUAUUGCUUUCUCUGAGUGGUUGGUUGCCUUUGCGGAGUUUCUUCCAGUAGGCAAUGAGAUACCUGCCUCUGUCUAUGAGGCAAAGAAGACCCUGAGUUCUCUAGGAAUGGAUUACACUAAAAUUCAUGCCUGCCCGAAUGAUUGUAUUCUAUAUAGAAAAGAGUAUGUUGAUGCAACUGAGUGCCCUAGAUGUGGUAUUUCAAGAUGGAAAAUAGGCAAAAACUCCAAAGAGAGGGAAGGUGUACCUGCAAAGGUACUUUGGUACUUUCCCCCUAUUCCUAGGUUCAAAAAAAUGUUUCAAUCAAAGGAUAUAUGUAAGAGUCUGACUUGGCAUGCUACUGACAGAAAACGCGAUGGCUUCAUGCGUCAUCCGGCCGAUGCAGCUUCGUGGAAGUUAGUAGAUGAUAAAUGGCCAGACUUUGGUUCUGACCCUAGAAACCUGAGACUUGCAUUGUCAUCAGAUGGGUUCAAUCCUCACAGUUCAUUAAGCAGCAAGUACAGUUGUUGGCCUGUUAUUCUAGUUGCAUAUAAUCUGCCUCCAUGGCUCAUAAUGAAAAGGAAACACAUGUUGUUGACUUUAUUGAUUUCUGGGCCUAAACAACCAGGAAAUGAUAUCGAUGUCUACUUGGAACCUUUGAUAGAUGACUUAAAACUGUUAUGGGAAGGAGUUAGUGGAGUCUACGACGCAAGACAAAGUGAAUACUUUACUCUUAGGGGUUUAUUAUUCUGGACAAUCAACGAUUUUCCAGCUUAUGGUAAUCUUUCUGGGAGUAUAGUUAAGGGGUAUAAUGCAUGCCCUAUUUGCCUUGAAAAAACAAAACCAAAAAGACUAGUGAAUGGAGGGAAAAUGGCCUACAUCGUGCAUAGGAGGUUUUUAGGAAGAAACCAUCCUUAUCGAAGGCAAAAGGCUGCUUUCAACAACCUUCCAGAACAUUCUCCCCCUCCUGUUCCUUUGAGUGGUGAAGAAGUAUUGCAAAGAGUGGAGCAGGAAGUUCCAAAGUGGCCUUUUGGGAAAAAAAAUCCCCCUCCUCCUUAUAAGGGUGGGGAUGAUGAAACCCGGCCUUGCUGGAAGAAAAAGUCUAUAUUUUUCGAACUUGAAUACUGGAAGUUUCUCCCUGUUAGGCACUGCCUUGAUGUGAUGCAUAUAGAGAAAAAUGUAUGUGAUAGUCUUAUAGGGACCUUGCUGAAUAUUCCUGGAAAAACAAAGGAUGGGGUGAAAACUCGGUUGGAUCUAGUCGAAAUGGGUAUUAGAUUAGGAUUGAAGCCUGAUCUCGAAGGUCCCAAGAAGGAGCGCUUGCCAUUGGCAAGCUGGAACUUAAAGACAAAUGAAAAAAGAUGCAUGUGUGGGUCUUUUUUUGGUAUGAAGGUUCCUGAAGGAUAUUCUUCUAACAUAUCAAACCUGGUUUCUAUGGAUGAUUUAAGGCUUAGUGGACUUAAAUCCCAUGAUUGUCAUGCCUUAAUGCAACAACUCCUCCCUGUUGCCAUCCGUGGUGUACUUGAAAAGCCGGUCAGAAUUGCUGUGAUAAGGUUGUGUCUGUUUUUUAACGAAAUCUGCAGCAAGACUAUCGAUGGUUCAAGGCUGCCAAAAAUCCAAAAUGAACUUGUUGAAACAUUGUGUGAGCUGGAAAAGUACUUCCCCCCAUCCUUUUUUGACAUAAUGGUUCAUCUAACAGUUCACCUAGUUAGAGAGGUGGAGUUAUGUGGACCGGUUUGUUUUCGAUGGAUGUAUCCCUUCGAGAGGUACAUGAAGAUCUGCAAAGGAUAUGGUCGAAAUAGAAAUCGGCCAGAAGGUUGCAUUGCCGAGUGUUAUAUUGCUGAGGAGGCGGUUGAGUUUUUAGCGGAAAUGUUCGUCGACGACAAGACUAUUGGGAUCCCAGCUGGCCCUCGCACAGUAGACAAGCCUACCUCAGGUGCUACAAUUGUUAGUGUUUAUGGCAAAGUAUUUGACGAAGCUCAUCUCUGCGUGCUUCAAAACACGGAUGAAUUCAGAAGCUAUUUUGAUGAACACUUGGAAUAUUUGAAGAGGGAAUUUCCUAAAUACAAAAAGAAUGAAAAGUGGCUUACGGACAAGCAAAACAAGAUGUUUGCAGAUUGGUUGAAGGAGAGGGUUGCUGUUCAACUUAGUAAACCAGAUGCUAACAUCCCUGAGAUUGUCAGGUGGCUUUCAGAUAAACCGAGCAAUGAAGUACCGAAGUUCAGUGGUUACAGAAUUGCGGGAGUCCAGUAUAACACAAGGAAGCGCGAUGAUGUUAGAUCGACGCAAAACAGUGGUGUCUACUUGCUUGCUAAGACACCACAAGUAGCUACUGCUAGGGAUAAAAGGCCAAUUAUUGAUGAUAUGAGUUUCUAUGGUGUGAUUACUGAAAUCUGGGAGCUCGAUUAUGAAAAGUUUAGGAUCCCGAUCUUUAAGUGUGAUUGGGUAGAGAAUAGUAGAGGUGUGAAGGUAGAUGAGCUUGGGUUCACGUUGGUCAAUUUGAAUAAGAAAGGUCAUUUAAAUGACACUUUUGUGUUGGGAAACUGUGUUCAGCAGAUAUUUUUUGGUCAAGAGCCUGUAGAUCCAAUGUGGUCAGUAGUUCUAAGAAUGCCUACUAGGGAUUACAGUGACUUUGAGGUUGAAGAUGAGCUUGGGGACACUGUUAUUGCUCACCAUCCUAUCACCACUAUGAUGCCAUCUAUUGAGUUACAUGGUAACUUAGCGAACGAGGAAGAAGUGGGUUACAUGCGGGAAGGGGAGGAGGAUAUAAUUGUUGAUGGAUAA